AUGGGCAAAAAGGAGUCUCUCGCCCUCAAGUCGGGCAACGAGGUUUACAAAUCGUACCGCAACAAUACUGACCAGAAAUGGAUUCGUGACCCUGGGCUGAGGAAGCUCAACAUGGGCCUUGCCUUCAUGUUCUCGUCGGCCGCAGCAAACGGAUUUGACGGAAGUCUCAUGAAUGGCCUUUUGAUCAUUCCGCAAUGUAAGUUUCGCCUUGUAAUAUGUUGCAAUCUCGGUGGACUUCCCACCUUUAUCCCAGCCGCAUAUGUUAGCGACUGGAUGGGCCGUCGAUUCACCAUCGCUCUGGGCUCAUCCAUCAUGGUUGCAGCUGCCAUCAUCCAGGCUGUAACCAACGGACCAUGGGCAUUCCUCGGUACCAAGAUCAUGCUCGGAGUUGGUCUUGGUUUUGCUCAAACUUCUGCUCCACCUCUGACCACCGAGAUUGCUCACCCGAGACAUCGCGCCAACGUUACGAACCUCUUCCAGGCCAUUUGGUUCUGGGGUGCCAUUCUUUCCGCCGUUGUCACCAUGGGAACACUCCACAUGAGUGGAAGCUGGAGUUGGAGACUCCCUGUUCUCUUCCAGGCUUUCUUCCCUGCCCUUCAACUGUGUGGUCUCUUCUUCGUCCCCGAGUCCCCGAGAUGGCUCAUCUCCAAGGGCCGACGCGAUGAGGCGUUCCACAUCUUGGCCAGGUACCAUGCCAACGGUGAUACCUCAGACGAGCUUGUCAACUUUGAGUUCAACGAGAUAUGCACUGCCAUUGAACAAGAGCGCGAGAUAGAGAAGCCCGGCAUCAUGUCCUUCUUCAAGACAAAGGGUAACCGUCAUCGGCUGCUGAUUUGCGUCUUGGUUGGAUUCAUGAUCCAGUGGGCUGGCAACGGCAUCGUGUCUUAUUAUCUCGCCCCCAUCUUGGAGAGCGUCGGCGUCACCGACUCACUCUCUCAGGCCGGAAUCAACCUCGGCCUUCAAGUCUGGAACGCCAUCCUCGCCGCACUAGGUGCAAUGGCUUGUGAGCGAUACGGCCGACGACCUCUAUGGCUUCUGUCUGCCAGUGGCAUGCUCUGCUCCUUCAUCGUCAUCACAGCCCUGUCGGCUGUCUUUGCCGAUCACGGAAGCAAGGCUGCUGGUAAUGCCGUCGUGCCUUUCCUGUUCAUCUUCUUCGGCUUCUACGUCAUUGCCUUUACUCCGCUAUCGAUUGCCUACCCAGUCGAGAUUCUGCCUUUCGACCUCCGAUCAAAGGGCUUGAGCAUCAACCUAAGCGUCGUCUUCGGAGCUGGCUUCUUCAACCAGUACGUGAACCCGAUUGCUCUCGACGCGAUCCAGUGGAAGUUCUACUUUGUCUACAUCGGAACUCUGACUGCGAUGUUGCCGACUAUCUGGUUCCUCUUCCCUGAAACAAAGGGAAGAACUUUGGAAGAGAUUGCUGUUGUCUUUGAUGGUCCCGGUGUCAAUCACUUGGAUGUUAGCGAUAGGGUGUUUGCUGGUGGCAAGUCUGUUGAUGCACAGAGCAUCGCCCCAAAGGCAGAACAUAUCUAA